UAUUUUUCCAGUCCUCUUUUCUUUUUCCAAAGAUAUCCAACCUACAUAGAAUCAGAAAUCUAACAAGUGUCUCAGAAUUUUUCCUCCUGGGACUCUCAGAUGAUCCAGAACUGCAGCUUCUGCUCUGCAUCCUGUUCCUGUCUAUGUACCUGGUCACCAUCCUGGGGAACCUGUUCAUCAUCCUGGCUGUCACCUCUGAUCCUCACCUCCACACUCCCAUGUACUUCUUCCUCUCCAACCUGUCCUUGGCUGACAUCAGUUUCGUCUCCACCACCAUCCCUAAGAUGAUUGUGAAUAUCCAAAGUCACAGCAGAGUCAUCUCCUAUACGGGCUGCCUGACACAGAUGUCUACUUUUAUCCUUUUUGGGUAUAUGGAUUGUACUCUUCUUACUGUGAUGGCCUAUGACAGGUUUGUGGCCAUCUGUCACCCACUGCAUUACAUGGUCAUCAUGAACCCACGCACCUGUUCCUGCUUAGUUUUGGUGUCUUUUAUGGUUAGCCUUUUGGACUCCCAGGUGCACAAUGUGAUUGUGCUACAACUUCCCUGCAUCGAGAAUGUAGAAAUUUCUAGUUUCUUCUGUGACCCUUCUCAACUCCUCAACCUUGCCUGUUCUGACAUACUCACAAAUAGUAUAGUCAGGUAUAUUAUUGGUGCCAUGUCUGGUUUUCUCCCUACCUCAGGAAUCUUUUUCUCUUACUAUAAAAUUCUUGUCUCCAUUCUGAGUGCCCCCUCAUCAGGUGGGAGGUAUAAAGCCUUCUCCACCUGUGGUUCUCACCUGGCAGUUGUUUGCUUAUUUUAUGGAACAGCCCUAGGUGAGUAUCUCAGCUCAGCUGUUUCACAAUCUCCCAGGAAGAAUGUAGCGGCCUCGGUGAUGUACUCUGUGGUCACUCCCAUGCUGAACCCCUUCAUCUACAGCCUGAGGAACAAAGACAUCAAAAGGGCCUUGUGGAGGCUCCUUAGCAGAACAAUCUCUUCUUAG